UAUUGAAUGAAUUUUUAAUUUUGUAGCACAAAUUCUGUCGUUGUUUAUUGUAAAUAACUAUUUAGUUGCUGUCUGUUUUGCACAAACAACUAAAAUUUGAUUUUAAAUAAAGACAGAAAAUAUUGUGACCACCAAAAUCUGAGACUGUCUUUAUUAAUUCACUUUUUGCUAUUUUCUUUAGGCAAAAGAAUGUCUUUUCCAUCAGUUUUAAAGGAAUUUGUAAUUUUUCCACAUAAAUUCAUAAUUUCUGAAAUAGUUUAUUGUAAAUAACAAGUUUUUUGUUUUGCACAAGCAAAAAAAUAAAAAUUUGAAAAAAAAGAAAAAAUAAUUACAGGACCUACAUUAAUUUUUGCUUAUUUCUUUUAAGGAAAAAUAACUUUUCUCAUAGUUUUACUGAAGAAAUUCCUAAUUUUAUGGCAUAAAUUCAUGUUUGUUUAUUGUAAAUCAGUAGUUAACAAGAUUUUUUUUCUUAAAAAACUAGAAAAUGAUUAGACCUUUAAUCAAAUUAUGAUCGAUUUUUGUUAUUGGAGGCAAAUGUAUUGAGUAUUUUAUGUCUCGUUGAUUCCGUUCUCUUUAUUCUCGUUGCAGGAAUGGAAAAUCAUGGAGUCCAGCAAUGGCUUCCUGCUGCAGGUAGCUAGCUAUGCCUAGCUGAGUUUAUCUUCUCACUUUUUAUUUAUUUUUUUUCUACAAAACGUUUGGUUAGAACCUGUAAGAACUUUCAGACCGUCGUGAGGGGCAGCGAUGGGGGAACGGCGGACGCGCUCGUGCCACGUGGCGUGCCACAUGCAACGAGACCGCGACAGGAGGAUGAGGAGCUCCUUCAUCCACUGCAGUCCCAACGGCUGCGCCACCACAAGCCUCAGCCUCAGCCUGGACCACGACAUGGACCUGGCCGCUUCCACCGGGAGCAUCAGCAGCAGCACGGCGCUGCAGGUCCCUGCAUCCAGCAUCAGGUGCUACUCUCCUGUUUCACUGGAACUGGAGCCCGCCGUGGUUAAUAAUGGAUCAGGCAUUCCCGGCUGCCCGCCCGCUGACACAAAGGACCCGGCGCUACAGAAUACACACAACCAGCCCUCCGUCACCCCAGUCCCGCCACCCCUGCCCCGCUCCAGUUGGCUGCGUCACCAUCAGAAGGAAUUCCAGAGUCCCUACAUCAAGACCAGCAUGCAGGGCGAUGUUUACAACUUUCUAGAGAGACCCGCUGGAAUGAAAUGCUUCCUCUACCACUUCCUUGUCUUCAUCAUGGUCCUGGUCUGUCUGAUCUUCAGUGUGCUGUCCACUAUAGAGCAAUAUGCAGACUUUGCCACAGGAACUCUCUUCUGGAUGGAGAUUGUGCUGGUGUUGUUCUUUGGCACGGAGUAUGUGGUCCGGCUGUGGUCGGCGGGCUGUCGCAGCAAAUAUGCAGGCAUCAAAGGACGCCUCCGCUUCAUCAGGAAGCCCAUAUCAAUAAUAGAUUUGAUAGUGGUCAUCGCCUCUAUCAUUGUCCUUGGUGUCGGCUCAAACGGACAAGUGUUUGCCACAUCUGCCAUCAGGGGCAUCCGUUUCCUGCAGAUCCUGCGCAUGCUGCAUGUGGACCGACAGGGCGGGACGUGGAGGCUUUUGGGGUCUGUUGUCUUUAUUCAUCGACAGGAGCUCAUCACCACUCUGUACAUCGGCUUUCUGGGCCUGAUCUUCUCAUCUUACUUCGUCUACUUGGCUGAGAAGGAUGCCGUCGAUGAGGAGGGCAAGACGGGCUUCUCCAGCUACGCUGAUGCCCUGUGGUGGGGGGUGGUUACUGUUACCACGAUCGGAUAUGGAGACAAGAUUCCUCAAACGUGGAUCGGGAAGGCCAUCGCGUCCUGCUUCAGUGUCUUCGCUAUCUCCUUCUUUGCUUUACCUGCUGGUAUUCUGGGUUCAGGUUUUGCCCUAAAAGUCCAGCAGAAGCAGAGACAGAAGCACUUCAACAGACAGAUCCCUGCAGCUGCUUGCCUCAUCCAGACUCUUUGGAGAUGUUACGCGGCAGAGAAACCAAACGGAUGCGCCGCUACGUGGAAAAUGUACGUCCUGACCCCUGAAGGUAUCGCCGCAGCUGCGUCGGACAACGGCAGUCCCAGCCUGAAGAAGCUGAACAUGGCGAAAAAGGGGACCAAGAGGAGGCCAAAGUCCAGAGGAUUUGCGUCCAUGGGUGUCGCCUCAGAAAGAGCCGUGUCGAUCCCCCAGAUCACCUACGAUCACAUCGAGGACUCCGAGGAAAAAAAGGAUAUGUCGUUUUUUCUCAAAGAGCCAACGGGGACAGUUGAAGGGAUUGCCAGGAUGUUCAGGAAAUCAGGACCUCCACAUCACUCUUGGUCAUCUUUCACUCUGAGCUGCCCUACUUCUCCAGAGAAAGGGACCCAUGAAAAAAGCACCUCCAUAGACAUCUCCCGGGCCAACAGCUUAACGGAUGAACUCGAUGACAUGAGUGAGGACAUUCCCCUGCCCGUGGUAACAAACAAGAAUCAGUAAGUCCUACUGAGAGUUCCUUCUGCUCUUUCUCGAAGCCCACGUCCUCUUCUCAUCAUCGCCUUCAAAUGACCUCCAUUCUCCGGGCUGUAUUAUCGUAUUUUCCUUAAUAUAAGGUGCACCUAAAGGCCCUAAUUUAAAAAAUAGUAAUCCACAGUGCACUUUAUAAUCCAGAGCGCCUCAAAUAUGGAUUAUUUCUGGUUGUGUUUACUGAUGUCAAAGCAAUUUUGAGAAGUACGCAGCACUGUCAAAGUGUUAGUCUGAUUUUGUACAAGUAGUUUAGAUGCUAACGUGACUAAUGUGUAGCGGUGUCGCACUGUGUUUUUUUAUACGUUCCUAACAAGAUUGGAGUUAGCAUAGUUUUUGCACAUGUUGUUUUAGCAAUAUCAAUUUAUUUUUAUACAUAUUGCAAACAAGGUUGGGAGUUACAGGUAUUUUGAAUACACUAAAGUAGCUAGCAUGUAGCGGUGUCACACUGUGUGUGUCUUUACCACAUGUCAGUAAUAAGGUUGGGGUUAGUGUAGUCACAGUAAUGUUUGUUUUAGCGUUAUCAGUCUGUUUUUUUAUGAGUUGCGAAGAAGUUUGGAUGCUAAUGCGGCUAACACAUUGAGGUGUCAGACUGUGUCUUUUUUUUAUACAUUACUAACAAUAUUGGGAGUAGCAUAGUUUACAGUAACAUUUGUUUUAGCAGUAUCAGUCUAUUUUUUUUUACAUAUUGCAAAGAAGGUUGGGGGUUACAAGUAUUUUGAAUAUGCUAAUGUGGCUAAUGUGUACUAGGGGUGCUGAACUGUCUUCAACAUGUGUUACUAGCAAGGUUAGGGUUAGCAUAGUCACAGUAAUGUUUGUUUUAGAUGUAUCAGUCUUUUUUUUUUACAUGUUGCAAACCAGGUUGGGAUUUACAGCUUAUGCUAAUGCAGCUAACACUUCUAACUUGGCUAACGUGUGGCGUGAUUCACGUAAGUGAGUUACUGUGAACACAGUUAAUACAGUCUUACUGACAGGCUUAUCUCUGACUAUUUUGUCUCACUUAUAGUUUUGUGUGCCUAAUAUAUGAUAUAAAUUUAAAAAAAGACCCUCCUUUGAUGGUGCGCCUUAUAAUCGGGAAGAUACGGUAGUCUGAUUUCCGUAAUAAGUCAUCGGCUUUUCUUAAGGCCACAAAGCCUCUUGAAGCUGCUUUCUUCACAAAGUUGUUUUGUCGAGAUGACAUAUAAAGAGACACUUAAGGGGCCGAGGCUUGAUCAGGUACAGAAUUGUUUUUCUAAAUGUCAAAGUAGAACGCAGUAGAACAUGUUAUGGUACAGAUGGCUUGUCCUCAUUGAACUGUGUGGAUUUCUAAAUGUGUGUUGAUAAUCUCCCUUCCUUCCACUGACCUGGUCAUUCAGAGUUUCAUCAAAGCUAACUGCAACUGUUUCUAUUUUCCUUUCUGCUCUUCCUGUGUUUUUUUUCUUCAGAAAACAUGUUGAUUGCCACAUUGACUAACACGCUACACCCUCUUAGACAUCCUCAAUUUCCCUCUAUCUUUUUUUUUUAGCAGUAUUGACAGCAGCACUUCCACAAGAAUUCUUUUUAGCCUCUCGACGGAAAAGCACAGACGCAAGUGCCUGCACUGUUUAAAAACCGGCGUAGCAUCCUUGUAGCUACUUAAGGAAAACUGGACUUAUCCUUCUGCCUUGUGUGUGUGGAAACAAAGCCUCUGUCACUCCCGGAUUGAAGGUUUUGUUUUUUGAAUGUGGGCUGGUGGGUUUGAGUUUCAGUGCUGUGACAUUCAGACAUGUGCUGACCCUUUGUGCUGCAUUUGUCACUAGUAAUCUGCAGUUGGAUGCAGAUCAUCAUUUUUGUAUUUGCAUCCAACUGGAAAAUCAACAUGUUGCCUUUUUUUAAAUACAGUAUUACGUCAAACAGACAUGAAAAAUAAGAAUUUCUUAAAAUGUGAAUAAACUGUCACUUUAUUUUAUCAUAAAUUAAAACACAAUAAAUCAGAAUUAUGUUGGAUUUUGUUCCCUCAUGUUAUGUUAAGUAGAUCCACAGAAUUUUACGGCAGUAUUUUUAUUCAGGUUACUUUUCAGGCACACUGUCAUAUUUUUCGGGAGUUUUUUUAACCUUUUUUUUACAUCUUGGUGGCAACUUACCUCAGUUAUUUCUUCUGUUUCCAUAUAAUUCCAACAUAUAGAAAUAGUUAAGAUGUUUAUGACUAAAGCAUUCCUCUUUCAUGCGUUCUUCUUUGACAGAUUUGGGUGUUACCACCCAAAGUGUUGUUGGGAAAGAUACCAUUCAGUAGAAAACACAUUAAAAUGGCAAAAUAACUCAUCUUGGCAUUUUGUAAUUUGAGCUUAACUUACAGUUUUUUUUCUUUUUUGUUUAUUUUUUUUAAAAUUUUAUGAAAAAUAAAGUGUUUUUGUUAAUUGCAUUUUGGAAAACAAAAUUAUUUUUCAUUGUCUGGUACGGUUGUGUCCCUGGAGUCAUUUGUGACUAAUAUUACAGUUCAUUUAUGGGCCAUUUUGUACUGCAACAUAUUUCAGAGGAUUUCUAUUCAGGCUAUCAUGUUUUCUCAUAUAUUGUAGCUCCAUUUAAGAUCAGGAUUUAUCUAAAAUACUGCAUUGUGAUGUCUCUUUCUUAUAUCUUUUCAUUAGUGUGAAUGCAGAAAUGCCAGAUUUGAUUGGUUUAAGUGAAAUUUAUUGUUAUUUUUUCAUAGUAUUCUCCCUUAAAACCUACACUUAAAUGUGUCUCUUAUCUCCUGCAUGAUAUUUUUCAUCUCCAAUAUUUUAUGAUUCUCUCUUGAAACAUAAAAACUUUAGUUCCAUUUGUUUAAAUCCUUUUUAUCUUCAAAAAUAAACA